AUGCCGCAUCAAAUAACGAGAGCCAAAAAAGAAAGAUUAGUCGUUCUCUUAGGCGAGUGUCUUUUAAAAAGCGGCUGCCCUGGCCAUCGAGCGGAAGAAGCUUUACAGCAUAGUGCUAGCAUCCUGGGUUUAACCAACGCCUCGUUUUCUUUGUUACCAGAAACAGUAUUGGUCACGUUCAUGUCAGAUGGCGGUAACAAACACCAACAAUCGCUAAUGAUUAAAUCACCCACGUCGUUGGAUAUGGGCAAGAUCGGCCAAGUUCAUCAGAUAAUGAAUAGAUGCCUGAUACAGCAAGCCAACACCAAGAAAGAUGACGACGAUGUAUUGGAUCAAUGCAUUCAGGCACUACAACAUGUUUCCAACUCGCCUCCAACAUGGGGAUUUCUCGGCACCUUAUUUUCAUUCUUUGUGAGCAGCUUUACGGCAUGUGCCAUGCUGUUUGAUGGAUCAUGGAUCGAUUGUAUACUGAGUGGCAUACUCGGUCUUGUUGUUGCAGUGUUGUUUGUGCUUGCGAGCUGUCGGCCAAUUUACGGACGCGUGUUUGAAAUCUCCGCGUGUGUGUUUGUGUCUGCUUUGGCGCAGGCUCUACAUGCUUAUUGCUGCUUUACAAGUGUCGCCGUUUCUGGCGUUUUAAAUUUGCUGCCCGGAUAUGCAAUGACAAUGGCUGUUGUAAGUAAUAAUUCUUCAAAAUUGUCACUUACCCGUUUAAACCGUCUUAUUGAGAAAAGACAAAAAUAG